AUGCCCAUUGUUUGCGUAUUGGGCGCUGCAAUUGAUAAGUCAGACACAGAACCUCUGCUCAUGGCCUAUAAUGCGUCCAUGUCUGCAACCACUCCUUUUCCAUCUUGGUUAACGGCCUUUACUGGAAUUAAUCAAUGGCCAGGCCCGGACCCUCCCUACAUCCCACUUGAUUUUAUUGAUUUUUCCAAGAUCCCUAACCAUGGACUUCGUGGAAUGGGUGUCUGUCCCACCACUAGAGACAGCUGUUCGUUUGACUGCUACAAAUGUGUUAGCUAUGAUGACGUCUAUACCUGUCCAAAGCUCUCUCAAAGUUUUGAUGAUGGUCCUUCUGCAUUCACCGAUAGACUUUUAGACAACUUGAAUCAUAAGGUCACAUUUUUUACCCUUGGUAUGAAUGUCGUUAGAUACCCUGAGACUUAUUUGAAGGCAGUUCAAAAAGGACAUUUGAUGGGUACUCACACUUGGUCUCAUAAAUUCUUGCCAUCGUUAACCAACGAGCAAGUAGUGGCACAAUUCGAGUGGUCUAUUUGGGCAAUGAAUGCAACUGCAGGCCAUCUUCCUAAAUGGUACAGACCACCUUAUGGAGCUAUUGAUGACAGAAUUAGAGUUAUAGCCAGAAUGUUCGGUAUGCAGGCCGUUGUUUGGGAUUACGAUCUAUUUGAUUGGAGAAUGGAGACAGUUCCACCUACAAAAACCAAACAGCAGGUACUCGAAGAUGCAAGAAGAUUCAAAGCUCAAGGACGUGGUGGUUUUACUUUGGAGCAUGACGCAUAUGCCUCCACUGUAGAUGCCGCUAUUGAAGUAAGUAAAAUCUACGGACCGGACCAGUUGACUGCGGCACAAUGUGUGGACAGCUUCGAUUAUAUCAAGCAGUAUCAAGAAGACGACGGCAAAUAA